UCUUACAGAAGACAACAUGCCUCCCAAGAAGGACUCAAAGUCGUCGGCGAAGCAACCCCAAAAGACCCAGAAGAAGAAAGAGGGGUCUGGAGGUGGCAAAGCCAAAAAGAAGAAGUGGUCAAAAGGAAAAGUUCGUGACAAGUUAAACAACCAAGUUCUUUUUGACAAAGCUACUUAUGAUAAACUGUACAAGGAAGUACCCUCCUACAAAUUGAUUACCCCAUCAGUAGUUUCUGAACGUUUGAAGGUCCGUGGAUCCCUUGCAAGGAGGGCACUUAUUGAACUACAACAGAAAGGUCUUAUUAAACAAGUUGUACAACACAGAGCACAACUUAUUUACACUAGGACCACAAAGGGAGAUGAUCCAGCGGCAUAGAUAAUAAGAUAAACAUAUAUCUUUAU